GUUGCUCUGGCUAAAGAAAUGAUCAAACAAUACGCAAUAAAGGUGUUGCGAUAUGAGGACAAUCUCAAGAAGAUGUACAGUGUGAUCCACGGACAAUGUUCCGACGAGAUGAUGCAGAAGAUAACAGCCGACGAAACGUACCAAACGGUAAAGGAGGACACCGACACGCUGGGCCUACUAAUGAUCAUCAAGAAAAUCUGUUACAAGUAUGAGUCGCAGCAAUUUCCCCCACUUGCGGCAGUGCGAUCACUACUGCAACUGGCCAGAACAAGACAAGGUGAUUCUAUGACAGACAUAGAAUGGUACAAGCUAUUUGAAAACAUGGCGACAUCAAUGACCGCAUGUGGAGGCAACAUGCACCUCCCAGGAAUCGAAGAGUACAUCCUACAGACGGAGUUCCCUGAUAAAACACCAACCAAAAUAUCAGACGACGAGCGUGAGACUGUUAACAAGAAGACACAGGACCUCAUGCUUGCAACUAUCUACAUAGAGAAUGCCAACCACGGAAGAUACUCAGAGAUCAAGAUCAACCUGGAGAAUGACUAUCUGAUGGGGUACAACAAGUACCCAAGGGAUCUAACCGAGGCCCAUAAGCUAUUAAUCAACUACAAACAUGCACAGAAAGGGGGAUCACACGGCCGCGGCAAAAUGAUCAACACUAACGAUGGGGUUGCAUUCUCACAAGACGGGAGCACACGACGUACAAGGGACAAGAGCAAUGUGACCUGCUACCGGUGUGGAAAGACCGGACACUACGCAUAUGAAGACGUGUGCAACCCAGUGGAUGUAGAGGAGUACAAGCAGGCCAAGGAGAACCGACGAAUGAACAACACCGCAAACAGUAACAAAACCACUGGGACACCGGAUGAACAGACCAGUAUGGCUCAACUCAACUUCGACGACACUGAGUCAGAUGGGGACAGCAACUAUGAUGACAACCCAUACAAACUGAUGUUCUGCACAAUCGGUGCAGAUUGCAGGAGUGGGCUGACGAUGGGGGAUACACCCUCUAUCAACUAUGACGUGAUACUCAGUCAAGCCAAGGGACAGAUAAACAAGGAUUGGGUCCUACUGGACAACCAAUCAACCGUACACGUCAUGUGCAACCCAAGCCUGUUGAGCAACAUCAGACAGGUUCACAAACACAUGAACAUAUUCUGCAACGCGGGCGUGGCCAGAACAAACUGGGUGGGUGAGUUCCCAGGAGUGGGCCAAGUAUGGUAUCACAAGAACGGCAUAGCCAACAUCCUGUCUCUAUCCAAGGUCAGGAGAACCAACCGGGUGACAUUCGACAGUGCAGCCGAUAACAUCUUCCGGCUGUACAGCGUGGACCAAACACGCUGUCGUGAGUUCAAGGAAUCACGCCGUGGACUGUACUACAGCAGCAUGCGUGAGACAUCUGUGGUCCUAAACAACAAUGGGAUAYUGACAGUAARCGAUAACAAGAAACAGUUCUCACAACUUGACACGAGGCGUGCGGAGAAAGCGAGGAGGCUACAGGACAUCCUCAACGUGCCAACCAAGGAGCUACUGUGGCUGUUGGAUAACAACCACCUGAAGAAUGCUACUGUAACUCGAGCGGACUUAAAUGCGGCACAACAAAUCUUUGGUCCCAGUCUUGUGGGUCUGAAAGGCAAAACAGUCAGGCAGAAAGAGGAUCAUGUACGUGUGCACAUCACGCCAUUGCCGGAGGGAGUAUUGGAGCAAUAUUCAACGGUGGAGCUAGGCGCUGACAUAAUGUAUGUGAAUGGGAUACGAUUCUUCAUCACUAUCUCCAGGCACAUCCAGUUCGGUACCGUGGAAAUGAUUGCUAACUCAAAGGCAGCCACAAUAGUCAAGUGCAUGGAGAACAUCUCUAGCGUAUACUCCAAGCGCGGUUUCACCAUCACAAGUGUGAACAUGGAUAAUCAGUUUGUCCCAAUUGGGGUUCAAAUAGCGGCAACAGGCGUGACAACGAAUUUUGUGUCCAGGGAUGAGCACGUUCCGGAGAUUGAGAGAUAUAUACGAACUGUGAAGGAACGGGUCCGGGGAAUACAGUGCACCCUACCAUAUAAGAAGUUACCUGCAAGGGUUACAACAGAACUAGUUUACUGCCAGGUGUUCUGGUGGAACGCACUCCCCAAGCGUACUGGAGUAUCCGGCUCCAUGAGUCCGAGGGAGAUCAUAGUGGGGCUCACGAUUGACAUUACGAAGCAUGCACAGCUCCAGUUUGGGGAGUAUGUUCAAACACACGAGCCAACCAAUAAUGACACAGGCCAUCCCCGAACAAUAGGAGCACUAGCCAUGAGGCCAACAGGAAACUCGCAAGGGGGACACUACUUCUACAGUCUGCAAUCAGGACGGGUGAUACACCGGAGCCGGUGGACCCGCCUACCAAUGCCAGAGGAAGCAAUAGAACAGGUCCACAAGAUGGCAAAAGGCAGCCCCGAGGGGGUUGAGUUCAGGGACCGCAACGGUGAAAUGAUCGGAGAAGAGAUACCAGCCGCAAAUGCAGGAGACAACGCAACAACACCUGAGCAGACCGCAGAGGCGGACGGAGAGACCGACAUUGGCUCGGUGGGUGAGUCGCCACAGGACACGGAGACCAACGACCAUGCUACCGGAGUGGUAGAUCUCCCAGCGAGGGACAGUGAGGACGGCGUGGAUGUACUGGAUCAGCCCGUAGAAAAUGUACCGAGUGGUACAGAUGAAAACCCAGACCGCAACGAGCCAGCUUCGCAGGAGCCGGGGAAUCACACAACACCAGUUGGUUGGGAGCACCCAGAAGAGGAAAUAGUGUUCACCGAUGAGGACAACAAUCAGGGUGACUCCGACAGUGAUGACGAGAGCGAAAGCGAGUUGGAAACGCAGUCGUACAGCCUCCGUGGGAACCGAGAGCGAUCAUACGACCACCUCAAGACUGUAGGGUAUCUCAACAACAUGACAGGGGAGCCUGAAGGGAUGCCCCCAGAUGAAUGGGCCCUCAUGCUCCACGCGAUGCUAGAAUUUAGCAGGGACGACGACCAGUUCAUGGAGCAUAUACACGAAAUACUACUGUCACAGUAUAGCCUCAAGGCAGGGAUCAAGCUGUUUGGUCAACGAGGGAUCGAGGCGAUCAAGAAGGAACUAAAGCAGUUCCAUGAGCGGGAGGUAGCAAAGCCAGUCAGCUCGCGAGAUCUGAGUGCUGAGCAAAGGAAGCGAGCCUUAGCUUACCUCAUGUUCCUUAAGGAGAAAAGGACMGGGGACAUCAAAGGAAGGGGAUGUGCAGACGGCAGAAAGCAACGUGACUGGAUGCUCAAAGAGAACACUACAUCGCCCACAGUAUCAGUUCAAGCCCUAAUCCUCUCAUGCAUGAUUGAUGCAUGCGAAGGAAGGGAUGUGGCAACCACCGACAUUCCAGGAGCCUUCCUUCAAACCGAGGACACCAGCGGGGAGACUCACCUCAAACUCGAUGGGGUUAUGUUAGACCUACUCGUGGAGGUUGAUCCAAGACUGUACAGCGAGCAUAUCAGGGUCGAUCGACGUGGAAAGAGAUACUUAUAUCUGGAGUGCCUGAAGGCAAUAUAUGGGACUCUCAAUGCAGCACUAAUGUUCUGGACAAAGCUCAGUGGAGAUCUCAAGCAAUGGGGAUUCCAGACAAAUCCAUACGACUGGUGCGUGAUGAAUAAGACAGUGGGAGGUAACCAGUGCACCAUCCUCUGGCAUGUGGACGAUAUCAAGAUAUCCCAUGUAGACCCAGGGGUAGUAACCAGUGUGCUGGAGCAAAUCAACAAUAAAUAUGGAAGAAUUACACCGCUCGUCACCACAAGGGGAAAGGUACACGACUAUUUGGGAAUGACCAUUGACUUCAAUGAACCAGGACKAGUACGAUUUACCAUGCAUGAUUACAUCGACAACAUGCUCGAUGAGCUACCGGACGGGCUCACCUCUGAUAAGACAGCUGUUACACCAGCAGCGGACCACCUAUUUCAAAUCAACAACACAGACCMGAUACUGUUGGAUGAGGACCGGAAGGCAGCCUUUCACACUAAUACUGCUAAACUGUUAUUUCUCGCCAAGAGAGCUCGACCAGACAUACAACUUCCCGUGGCAUUCCUGUGCACACGCGUGAAGGAACCAGACGAGGAUGACUGGAAGAAGUUGGACAGAGUGAUGUGUUAUCUGAGGGGAUCGAUAGGGCUACCGCUGGUCCUAGGGAUAGAUAACUCGGGAGCCCUCAGAUGGCACGUGGAUGCAGCAUUCGCAGUGCACAAGGACAUGCGGAGCCACACGGGUGCAACCAUGACAAUGGGACAAGGAGCAGCACUGUCAGCAUCAUCCAAGCAGAAAAUCAACACUAGAAGCUCCACAGAGGCUGAACUAGUGGGCGUGGACGAUGCGAUGACACAGAUAGUAUGGACAAGAUAUUUUCUCCUCGCACAGGGGUUCCCAGUGAAGGACAACAUCAUCUACCAGGACAAUCAAAGUGCGAUCAAGCUUGAGGAGAAUGGCAAACGAUCAAGUGGAAAAAGAACACGACACAUGGAUAUACGGUACUUCUUCAUUACAGACCGGAUCGAAGCCGGCGAAAGCAGUGUGGAGUACUGUCCAACCGCAGCGAUGAUUGCUGAUUACUUCACAAAGCCACUGCAAGGAAGUCAGUUCCGGGAGUUGCGGAACAAGAUACUUGGAAUUGCCGAGCUGGAUAUCCCACAGCACAACCGAUUAGCAAAGGCAGAACUCAAGGACCGGAAGGAUAAGCGGGCAAGAAAAGCCUUGGAGGAUGAGCUCACCAGAGCUCAGCUCAAGUCGACUAAAGGACACUCCCAUGCUGCAGCCGGAUGAGCUCACAGGAGUGUGUUGAGGCAACGGACAGAACCAGGAGCGAGGGCAUAUUCAUGAGUCGCAACAGAUAAUCAGCGAACCAUAUUGUUUCUACGGACACAAGGCAGUGGUGGCUGGGGUGGCGCCAUAAGCGCAAAUCACUUAGGACUGGUGGCGAUAAGAUGAAUAUUCAUAUAUGUAUUGUGUAUGAAUGAGCGAUGAGAACCAGUAAUGUUGGUGGCCCGGGACCACAGGAGAUUUUUAGCAUAACUGGGGCAUGACAGUCUCAUUCUUUUUAGUUUUAUCUAGUUAACAGCGUUUUAACGUUUUAAGA